GGACCAGGAGAGUGGGGGAUCCUGUUCCCGUAGCCUGUUCCAGGAAGAAGGUGCAAGAAUUUCCUGGGCCUCAGUGCAUCGGAGAUUAUCGUGCGAGUUCGUCCACCGCGAAUCCAACGAAUGGACGCUUCUCUUGGUUGCUAUUUUCAAAUAUUACGCGUGACCAUAACCGCGACACUCGUUUUUCAAAUGUCCAUCAAGGAAACGUCUGCGUGAAUAAUAAUCGAGAGUGACACCAUCGUACGACUGAACAUCGUUCAACCAUGGCGGGAGAACAGGACUAGUUUUUUAAAUUUAUUUCGAAAGAGAGAAGAACUCGUUUGCGAGCAGACAUGAUUCGUCGAGGCCUUUUAUUUGUAAUCGCGGUCCUGCACGGGGCUGUUGCUCAGGAUAGUUGUAUCUCGCCUCGAAACAUACCGGGUCGAUGCAUCAAUGUGCACAGCUGUCAGCGAGUGAUAAACAUUCUACAACAGCAAAAGCCUCUGUCGAGCGAGAUUGUGCUGUACUUGAAAAGCUUGCAAUGCGGCACCGAAGGCAACAGUCCCAAAGUGUGCUGCGAGCAGCAACAGACACCAGCAGCCCCUACGCCCACGAUACAGAGCCCGAUACCGUCACCACCCGACGUCUCGAAUCAUCCUAAUCUACGACUACUGAACGAGGACAUAUGUGGACCAGCAACGGUGCCAAAACUGAUUGGCGGCGAGAGGACUGGCGUGUUGGAUUUUCCGUGGAUGGCGUUGGUCGCCUACGACACGGGCAAUGGGAUUCCCGAAUUUCGGUGCGGAGGAACGGUAAUCAACAAACGAUACGUGAUGACCGCUGCUCAUUGCGUCACGUCGUUGCCCAGAGGUGUGAGAGUGGUCGGAGUACGCCUAGGAGAGCACGACCUGGACUCGGAACGAGACUGCGACAGAGAUGAGACUGGCAGAGAGAUCGUUUGUGCCGAUCCACCCCAAAAUAUCGAUUUGGAAAGCGUCCACACACAUCCGGGAUUUUCCGUAUCACAGAUGCGGAAUGACAUUGCUCUGCUUCGAUUGAAUAGAAAUGCUGAUUUCGCACCGUUAAACGUGCGACCAAUCUGCAUGCCGCUCGGAACAGCUGCACUCUUCAACCAAAAAAAGGUGACAGUGACGGGUUGGGGUGUGACGGAACUAAAGGUGCCCAGUCAGUCGUUGCUGAAAGUCAAGUUGGAUGUAGUUAACAGCACGGAAUGCGAGCGAGCAAUCAAGGGAAAGACACGCAUUUGGCAUAAACACAUAUGCGCGGGUGGUCGCAGAGGUAUGAAUUCGUGUGGUGGCGAUAGCGGUGGACCUCUUCAGAGUCCGAACUUCUACAAUAAUAAGGUGAAGUAUAUUCAGUACGGAAUAGUCAGCGUUGGGUUUAAGAGAUGCGACACCGAGGGAGUCCCUGGAAUUUACACCAAUGUUGUAUAUUACAUGGACUGGAUCCUGGACACUAUUAGGCCGUAAGAGAACAUUUUGAAUUUCACGGUACAGAAUAAUAGAAACAUUCCAUCUCGAAACAUUUGGAUUCCACUAACGUUAUUUGAUGCUGGCGCCAGUAAAAUUAGCCUCGGUAAUAUCAACUGAAUUUACGUUUACCGAAUUUUUAUUAACGCCAGUAAAGUUAGCGAUAAUAGAAUCAAUUCAAUUUACGUUUUCGACAUUUUUAUUGGCGCCAGUAAAAAUUCUAUACGAGCCACUUUGCACGUUGACAGCAAUUAAGUGUGCAAGUGAACAACUCAAGUACUGUUGCAUCCCUUAAUCCUGUGAUUUUCCUCCUCAAUUUUCCAUAUUUUUUUUUUUUUUUUAAAUUGUAGUCCUUUAAGUAUUUUCUAUUAAUUCACAAGCCUUCAAAAUGUAGUGCAAUCUUCAUGUGAAACGUUUCUCGAUUACUCUUGUAAUUCAAGAGUUGUACAGACACAAAUAAAUCGAGUGACUCUGGCACAAAGGGGUAGUCUCUCUCUCCCUCUCUCUCCUCCCUCUCCCCCAGACGAAAAGUCAUAGCAGCAAAAUAUAAUACUCAGGGUCCACCGAUUCCCGCAAAGUUUCGUCGAAAUCGGGGUCUGACACUUCUCCAUUUGCGAGUUUCCAAUCGGGAAUAUGUUACGGUACCCGCGUAUACGAAUUUUCAAUGUUACAGGGGAAUUAUCUGUCUUAAAAAAAAUAUAUACAGGGUGUCCCAGCGUCGGUGGUACAACCGAGACGAGGGUGAUUCUACAUAAAAA